AUGGUAACCACCACCGGGACCCCGGAGGCUCCCAAACGGGGUGUCCUCCUCCCGAGGCGGCCGAGCGGGCUGGAGGGCCACCUGCGGGGAGGGCUCUGGGAGAGCAAGCUCCUGCAACGCUCCGCACCGUGGUCGUGUACGGUCCCGGCUGCUCCGAGCGCCGCAGCGGGCCCCUCAGGCCUAGCCGCGGCCGAGGACCGCCGCCUCGGGUCGAACAGUUCUACGGCUCAGGGCGCUGCUCGGCAGCCGCCUGUCGACUGCCGCCCACGGCCGGCGGCCACCUCAGCCGCCUCGGCGCCGCUUCCGGCGCAGCCCGGCCUGGCGAGGGCGCCCGCCCCCGUCCGCCACGGGAUUUGGCCCCUCUCGGCCCCCGUCCACGGACCUUCGUCGCCGUUCUCGCCGCCUUUUCCUCCCUUCCCCCGGUUCCCUUUCACUUCCGGGGCUGCGCGGGCUCCCCUGUUGGUUCCAUAA